UGAGUCUCAUUGUGUUUGGAUGUGCGUCAAGUCUAACGAGUCAGUCAAAACGAACCCGGAUGUGCCGCGAAAUUUGAAACAACAGUUCAGAGUUUGACAUUAAGCAUGAAUCCUUCAGAGCGUUUCUUUGCAAAGCUUCGGAAACUGACUGUUUAUCUGGAGACUGAAAGCAACAAUCUCCUGCAUACAAGUCAGAACCUCAAAGACGACGAUGAGGAUGAAGAGAAUGGGGCUCAAGCACUGUAUCAGCUGCACUCUGAAGUCAGGACACUGAAGCGGCAAGUUCAAGAUCAGGUUGCUACACACGAUACAACAAGUACUGAGCUGAGGAGCUUCAUCAGAAGAUGCUUGGUGCUGAAGCAGAGGACCACAGAAGACAUAGACAUGCUGAAGAAACACUAUGAGAAGUAUGGCUACAGACCACGAAUAGCAAGACAGGGGUGUAUAGAGAUUAACGGGACAAAAGAGCAAGCACAGGAAGAUGAAGGAAUGAGACAAGGGGUUUGUGAAGAUGCUGAGCAGUCAGAGACGCCUGAAAAGAUGCCACCACCCGUUGACCAGCUGCGGACCCCAAAGCUCUCUGAUUUUGGUCUGUCUGCACUUCAAUUCCAAAGAGUGCUUGGUGAAGCAGAGCAGUCUCUCAGUGCCGCUCCUGUCCCAGCUGUGGCUCUGUCACCUCCACCGUUUGUCAUGAGCAUGCAUCCACGGCAGCCAAAGACACCCAAGUGCUCUCUGCGUAUGGAGGAAGAUGCUCCGACCCCAAGACUAGAGGACUUCGGCAUCUCUGAGUAUACCAUGUGCUGGAACAAUGAUUUUACCAUGGAUUUGUUCAACAAGAAACCACCAAAGACCUGCAGUGAAAGAACUCUGUCUUCUGUGCCUAACAAAGGUGUCGCCAGAGAGAGUCUGGAAUCCCCAGAGCCUCCUGUGUUUUGCACCCCAGGAUUUAAGAUUGAGAAGCACCGGAUCCCGUCCUCUCCACCAUUGAAAGAAAAAAAUUAUCUCGAUUCUCCUCCUCGCCCUAAUAACUGUCCUUCUACCCCAGAGCUCCCUGCAUUUGAGACACCUUUUGUCAGCAAGCUAAUAAAAAAGGACGAUAACGAUAAGCAGGAAGAAAGCGAGAGGCACAGGGGAUCACAGAAGGACAGCUUUCACCUACCAGAGCUUUCAAACACUAACAGAGCUCCUUCGUUUGACGCUCCAGAGAUGCCAAAAGUGCUACGUUACGAGGAUGAGGCGAUGCCAGAGAUGCCGUCCCUGCAGUCACUUUUUGGGAGUUCUCUUGCUUUUAAAAAUGCAUCUGGUGAAAGUCUCUCUGGGAUGAAGAUGGGGGCAGGUAAUGUGUUAGAGCUGAAGCAAACCCCUGUCCCAAGGCCUGAAGAUGGCUUCAGUCAGGAUUGGUGCCUUGCAACUCCAAAAGUCAGAAUGAAGUUUCCCACAGAGCCAUGCACACCAGAGAUGCCAGAUAUAAGUUCAGUCACUCAGGAUAUCUUAAAACUUGUGGCUCAGUGCAAAUCGUAAGCGCUCACUACUGGAUCUGUGCUGCAGACCUUUAGGUCUAGCUUUCAAAAAGUGGCACCAAGAGGAGAACAGCAGAUUGCUUUCAUAA